GAAACAGAUUGUUGGUUAAUAUGGAGUCGUGACCCGAACAUCUUGUAGUCGGGUCAAGCCGGUUCAUAUUACAGGCUUUUAGUGAUCACUGAUCAGCUUCGUCUCGUGAACAAGAUCUCUCUAAACCCUUCAACCUCGAUUCGACUCAGCUGUAGUGAGGCCAAGGAUUAUAACCAGAGGCUUGAGCUACUACAAGUCAAGUUUCCUCCUUCAGUCGGUAUACAUUUGCUCUCAAUAAACAGAAACCAUCAUGGGAUUCUGGACAUUGAUGGAAGGGUUGCUGCUAUUCGCAAACGCACUUGCUAUCCUCAACGAAGACCGUUUUUUAGCUCCCAAAGGAUGGACACUCGCAGAGCUUCACCAUACCGGCAGAAGAAACUCCCUCAAAGGCCAAAUCGUCGGUCUCAUCCACGCCUGCCAGUACAUGAGGCUUCCCCUCAUGCUCUUCAACUUAACUGUCAUCGUCUUUAAACUCUUCUCCGGUUAACAAAAAAAAAACACAAUUUCAAAUAACUUCAAUCAAAAGCUCGCAUUGUAUUAUACAUUAUUGUUCUAUUACACAAAACACAUGUUCUUGAGACCAAAAGCUAUAAGGUUUGGAUACAUUUUCAUUCAUUCAACAGGGAUCAUGACUUCGUUGGUCCUAAACGGAGGCAACGUCCACGGCGGGUUAUACCUAGCAAGCACGAACUCUCCAACGAUCUUAACCCCAUCUCUCUCGAGAUCGCUCGUCAGCUUCUUCACCUUCUCGCUCACCACACUCUCUCCCGCACUACCACUGAACGUAACCACGCCGUACUUCCUCCCACCUUCCUCCCUUAUCACCACCCUCUCAUCCGUCGGACGCGGCGCGUCCUCCGCCCUCUUGUACAUCUCCGGCAACAGAAACUGCAUCGUCACCGUCCUCUUUCCUUCCUUCGUCACAACCGGAGACGUCAUCUCAAUCUUCUCCGCCUCCUUGGUGAUCACCGGCGACGUCAUGGCGAUCUUCUCCGCCUUCUUGGUGAUCACCGGUGACGUCAUGGCGAUCUUCUCCCCCUCCUUGGUGAUCACCGGCGACGUCAUGGCGAUCUUCUCACCCUCCGUCGUGAUCACCGGCGACGUCGCGGCGAUCUUCUGGUUCUCCGGUUUGCCGAAGACGCCUAUGUACUUAGCCAAGACCUGAAAGCCUCCGUCUUUAUCGCCUUUGAACUCGGAAGGAUCGUAAGUGACCUCCGCCGAGACCGCCGGCGGGUAUUCGCGGACCUCGUAACCGUCGCCGGAUUUAGCCACCGUGUAUUUGGGAGUCUCCACUACGAUCUUACCGAACACCAUUCCUAUGAUGUAACUCUUACCGAACACGUUUCCCAUGGUGCUACUGUUUAUCAGUUUGGUUUUUGACGUUGCUACUAUGGUUUGCAUUUGAAUGAGGUAAUGUAUAUUUCGCGUAUAUUAUAUAGUCGAAGGUAUAGAUGAAACUUCAAUAUCAAGGAAGCUUGUAUUGACUAAUCAUUGUAAACGACUUACUUUUAUGACUAAUAAGGAUCACAGAAGGUUUGACCCGUU